CGUAUGCGCUGUCCAGGCUCUUGUCUGCAAGCUAGGGAAUAACCGGUAUGUAUAGUUAGCUAAUUGCGAACGUUUUAGUUUUAAAUAUUAGCCCUCAGGUCGAAAUGGAUGCUCUCCUCUCCCUGCUCUUCUCCUCAGAGGAAGAGGAGCUGUACAUGUUGGACCGCAUGGCUUACUUCAUGUUUUUAAUGGCAGCCUGCACUUUUAUUACUUUGCUGUUUGAAAAUGUUCCUUACGGGCGGUAUGCUACAAGCAAGUAUGGAUUUCCAGUUAACGCCAGGUUCGCCUGGUUCGUCCAGGAGCUGCCAGCCUUACUGCUCCCUAUGUGUCUGCUACUCUGGACAUCUUCUUCCAAGACGUCUUUACUACCUAAUCAGCUCCUCAUUGCCAUGUAUUUCCUUCACUAUGUCCAGAGAGCCUGCAUUUAUCCAUUUUUAAUCAGAGGAGGGAAACCGACACCGUUCGCUUCAUUCGCUCUGGCCUUUGUGUUCUGCUGCUAUAAUGGUUUCAUGCAGAUCAGGUACCUGAGCCAUUAUGCUGAGUACCCAGCAUACUGGGUUACACAUCCAUGCUUCCUCAUUGGCUCGGUACUGUGGUUCGUCGGCUGGUUUAUAAAUGUACAAUCUGACCACAUCCUUAGGAACCUGAGAAAGCCCGGAGAGACUGGUUACAAGGUUCCCAAAGGCGGCAUGUUCGAGUACGUGUCUGGGGCCAACUUCUUGGGCGAGAUAACAGAGUGGGCUGGCUUCACUCUGGCUGGUCACUCUGUUCACAGUGCAGCCUUCGCCAUCUUUACCGCAGUGGUCCUCGCUAGCAGAGCUGUGGCCCACCACAAAUGGUACCUUGCCAAGUUUGAGGACUACCCUAAAAGCAGGAAGGUGUUGAUUCCCUUUCUGUUCUAGAAAGCUGGACACCUCGAAAGGUAAUGUGUUCUCCUGCAACGGCGAAGAACAUUCCUGCGAUCAUUUGCCUAAUUUAGAAAUUCUCUAAUGUAGCAACAAACCUUGAACACAGCUUAUUUUUUUUCCACUGAAAACAAGCGCACUCUUGGUGUGAAGAAGCAAUUGUUAAAAGUCACCAUCUCAGAAAGGUUUUUAUCAUUUGUUACGUUGGUAAUAACAUCACAAAGCACCAAGGAACCUCAACAAGCAUGGACUGAAUGUGCUGGAGGUGUUGCGUUUGCAGGAGAGGCGGCAUUCAGCUCUCCUCCAGAGGAAAUAAAGUUUGUGAAUGGAGUAGCUCCAUGGUAAUAUACGGGAUUUAUGACAGUCUACAUCAGCAGUAAACAGCUUUAAGACUCUCCUCCUGCUCUGCAUAUUCUCCCAGUUGGAACAUAAAGUUGGAAAUGCAAAGCAGACAUUUAAAAUGGUCAUUUUAUCCUCAAGAUUCAGCUGUUGCAAAUCUUUUUAAUGUCGAUUCACAUCAAAUAGACGAGUUCUGAAUCACGUAGAACGUGUUUUCUACUGGAUUUUGCUCUGGGUGUCAUCUACUGACCUCGUCAUCUCAAAGUCCUGAAAGAGAAGCAACUUUGUGAAUGUAACUGCAUAUCUGGACUCAAAAAAAGACUGGUCUGCAAAAUUAGAGUAGGAAUGAAACAUUAUAUAUUAAACAAAAGUGGGAAUCUGAAUUAUGUCAGAGGAUGACUGGCGAUCCGUUUGUCUCUCAUAGCAUAAUUCCACCAGCUCUAGACGAUGGAGAGAAUAUGGCUGGAAAAAUGUGAUUAGGUUCUUUAUUACACCUUAUAUCAAAAGCAAGCAGCUGAAAACACCCCAACAAUGCUGGAGAUUAUGUGGAGACUGGGACGCCAAUCAUUCUCAUGUGUUUUGGAAGUGUAAAAAUAGCAAACCUUACUGGGAAAGCAUGUCAUGUGAGGCACGAGUAUUGUAUUUUGGAAUAUGGGAAAAUGUAAGAAAGGAGGACCAUUACUUGUUUAAAAUUAUGUUGUUGUCAAGCAAAAAGAUAAUAACAAAAAACUGGCUGAAAAGUGACCCUUUAAAAUUGGAAGAAUGGACUGAUGUAAUUGAGGAUAGAUAUAGAUAGAUCUCUAGAGAUAGAGAUGACCUACACUUUGAGACUGAAAUCUGAUAAACUGUGGACAAAAUGGAUAGCCUAUAAGACUCACUCAACCCCAUAAGGCAGGGACCUCUCCUCUGAGGGUUUUUUUUUUUUUCCUCUUCUUAAUUCAAACAGCUUUUGGUUCUUGGUCCUUUGAGGCAUAGGCGGACGGCCAGGCCCUGAGAGAAUGGGGUCCUGCUAAUACCCGCUCCGGGUUCAAAUAUGUUAUGAUUGUGGAUGGAACUGGACCUGUCGGGGAGAGGACCAGACUUUGGUCCCUGUCUGGCAGUC